UAUAAUGGCUUCAAACACUAGUUUCUCAUUCUCUGCAGCCUUCCUCAUUUUCUUCAUCGUGGGCCUAGCUUCUGCUCAACUCUCUACUACAUUCUAUAAUGCUUCAUGCCCUAAAGCUCUAGAAACCAUACACGCUGCGGUUAGCGCUGCAGUGUCGAAGGAGCGACGCAUGGGGGCGUCGCUGCUUCGUCUACAUUUUCACGAUUGUUUUGUGAAUGGCUGUGAUGGAUCGAUACUAUUAGACGACACAUCGAGCUUCACUGGAGAGAAAACGGCUGGACCGAACAACAACUCGCUCAGAGGAUUCGACGUUGUUGACACCAUCAAAUCCCAAGUUGAAUCAGUCUGCAAACAAGCUGUGUCGUGUGCUGAUAUUUUAGCUGUGGCUGCUCGAGACGCCGUUGUUGCUUUGGGUGGACCUUCAUGGAGCGUGCAGCUUGGGAGGAGAGAUGCGACGACUGCGAGUUUUAGCGCCGCGAACAACGACAUUCCUUCGCCUACUACCGACCUCAGCCCUCUGAUAUCGGCCUUCUCAAAGAAGGGACUUAGCACCACUGACAUGAUAGCUCUCUCAGGUGCACACACUAUAGGCCAAGCAAGGUGCACAUCAUUCAGAACCCGAGUCUACAAUGAAACCAACAUCGCCUCCUCCUUCGCUACCUCCCUCCAAUCAAACUGCCCGACCUCCGGCAGCGACGACAGCCUCAGCCCUUUGGACGCCGUAUCUCCCUACGUAUUCGACAAUUACUACUACAAGAAUCUCAUCAGAAACAAGGGGCUCAUGCAUUCUGACCAGCAGUUGUAUAACGGGGGGUCUGCAGACUCUCAGACGACGACUUAUUCGAGCGAUGCCGCAAAGUUUUACAGUGACUUUGCCGCGGCGAUGGUCAAGAUGGGAGGCAUUAGUCCUCUAACUGGGAGUAAUGGGGAGAUCAGGACCAAUUGCAGGAAAACAAACUAAUUAAUUACUAAUGUUUCUUAAAUUUAUCGGGGCUGAAGAAGUUUGGGCCCUUGUUAUGAGAGUUUAAUGUGAUGUUUGUGUUAUGAAUAAGGUUCGAAGGGAUAUGUAGGUGUUUUAUGCGUGAAUUUAAUUUCAGGCUUGAGUCCUUGCGUGUUCUUAGUGAGGAUCCGAGCUGAUAUUUGAUGCGAGUGCAUGGUUCCUCGCGACUGUACAUUUGCAAUGUAAACGUCGGUUG